UGCAGGCUUAGAUCCUGCUCUUUCUUUAGCUGGCCGAGGAAAGGCAGCUCCAAAUUCAGGUGCCGCUUUCUAGACCGGGGAUAACGUCGUACCUGGCUCCCCUGCUUCACCUUGCUGGAGAAAUCCCAAGCCUUGCUGUCCCCGGGGCCGGGAGACUUGAGCCCUCGCAGCCCAGGCAGGAGCUCGGCGGGCUGGAAGCGCUGCAGACGGCCGGGCAGCUCUGAUCCUUCUCCCACGAUGAUGGAGAACAAAGUGUUCCUGUCAUUUGCGUUCUACAGCACGAUCCUGAUCGUAAAAAUGUACGUUGUUGCCAUCAUUACGGGGCAAGUGAGACUCAGAAAGAAGGCCUUUGCCAACCCCGAGGAUGCGCUGCGCAACGGGGGGCUGCAGUACUACCGCCAGGACCCCGACGUGGAGCGCUGCCGCAGGGCGCACCGCAACGACAUGGAGAACAUCUUCCCCUUCCUCUUCCUCGGGGCCAUCUACUCCCUGCUGGAGCCCAGCCCCGCAGUAGCCAGGCUCCACUUCUUCGUCUUCUGCGCGGGGCGCAUGGUGCACACCGUGGCUUACCUCCUGCGGCUCAAGGCGCCCACGCGCUCCGUGGCCUACGGCGUGGCGCAGCUGCCCUGCUUCUCCAUGGCUCUGCAGAUCCUCCUCGCCGCCGCCCCGUAUUGGUAACGCCCAACAAGACCGGCCACCCAAA